GUUUGUCCUGUAAGGCAGUACCUACUCCUGUGUCAGCGUCUCUCCUGCUCCAUUAGAGAGGAAACUGAGCUUUUCUCUCUUCAAUUUCUUUCUCAGUAAUCCAGCUCUGUUUCUCUGUAGCUCUUCAUCAAACCUUGAAGGAGAGAUGUCUUCUCCAAGCAAGCGCCGAGAGAUGGAUUUGAUGAAGCUAAUGAUGAGUGAUCAUAAGGUGGAGAUGGUAAACGAUGGGAUGAACGAGUUUUUUGUGGAUUUUCAUGGGCCUAAAGAGAGUCUGUAUCAAGGUGGAGUGUGGAGGAUUAGGGUGGAGCUUCCUGAUGCUUAUCCCUACAAAUCUCCCUCAAUUGGUUUUGUAAAUAAGAUUUAUCAUCCAAACGUGGAUGAGACGUCUGGAUCUAUUUGUUUGGAUGUCAUUAACCAGACUUGGAGCCCUAUGUUUGAUCUUGUGAAUGUAUUUGAAGUUUUCCUUCCACAGCUUCUCUUGUAUCCAAAUCCUUCAGAUCCGUUGAAUGGAGAGGCGGCAGCAUUAAUGAUGAGGGAUAAGGCUGCCUAUGAACAAAGAGUUAAAGAAUACUGCGAAAAACAUGCCAAGCAGAAUUCAGCGGCGGCUCCGCCUGAAGAUUCAAGUGAUGGUGAGCUCUCAGAUGAUGAAUAUGAUUCCAGUGAUGAAGCAGUAGUUGGAAAGCCAGAUCUCUGAAAGGAGAUGGCACUCUUAUCAAAUUUACCUGACCAAUUCUUCUGCAAGGAAAAACCAGCUAUUUGCUUUAUUGUAUGCACAGAUCUUUGUAAAUAGUACUGUACAUUCUGUUAUGUUUAUCCUUACAUGUUGGUGGUUGAAACUUGGGAACAAAGAACAAUCAUUCUUGGUGAAUGGAUGUACAUCUUGGCAUUCAUGAAUGCAUGAAAAUUUAUUCUGUGGA